GUACCCAGCUCUGCAUUUAUAACCUACGAUUCGUACUUAACUCUGGGUGGUGGCUCUCUAUUCCCAAAAAAUUCUCUGGGAAUAAGUUCAGCAGAGGAAAAACUAUUUAUUUUCGCGCCCAUUUUUCUUCUUUUUAUAAGAAAAGGGGGCAUGGUCCAUAAACUACACAAGUACCAGGAUUCCUUUAUUUUAACAUCUUUGCUGUUUCUUAUUUUGUUUUUUAAUUCUAAAUACAUAAUCUUAUUUUCUAAAUUCAAGUUCCAUAUAUUCUCUUUUUAAAUCAAUAUCUUAUUAACUACAUAUCUUUAUUUUUCUACUCACCUACAUAUUUUUUAAUUUCAAUAAAUUAAUUUUAUUUCUUGGAUAAACAUUUAAUUUUGUUUAUUAAUAUUUACAAGGUAUAUUUAAAUAUAUUUUUAUACAUAUUAUAAAAUUACUUUAAAAAUUUUUUUCCAAUUUUCUAAUUAGGAAUUUCAAAUGAAAUAUUCAAAAAGGAAAAAAUUAGACGAUUGUGAUGAGACUUCUUUACAAAAUGAAUUCACUAAACUUCAAGAGGCUUAUAAGUUUGUUGAAAGGCGUGAAAUAACAGUUAAAAAUGUAGAUGAUCUUAAGCAGUUGGGGGCAAUUUAUUCAUCACAAAUGUUAAAUUGUUCUAAAAGAUCAGACCCCUUCCCCGAAUUUAAUGAAAGCGAAGAAGAAAGUAGCAGAAGAUCGAAACGUCCAAGAUUGUUAAAAUUACCUUCAGAUGGAAGUAUUUUUAAUGAUGGAAUACCCUUUCAUCAUUUUGCAUUAACGCAAUUAAAAGAUAGACAUAUUAAUCGUUUAAAAGCAAAUGGUAUGUUUUGA